AUGUGUACUAGUUUUUGCUAUGAAACACUAGACUUGCCCAGGCCAUGUUCCUCAUUUGGAAGGAGGUUUUUUGACCAGGCCUUCCUUUCUUGUGAGGUGCUGGGGAUAGACAAUGGUAUCGGCCUCACGCCACCCCGCGGCUGGCGCUCAUGGAAUGCCUUUGACUGUUUGGAGCCGCGCAGCAUCCUCACCCAGGCGCACGUGAAGGCGCAGAUGGACGCGGUGCUGGACAAGAGUCGGUUGGUGGACGGGAAGCCCACCAGCCUGGCGGAGCUUGGCUUCGAUUGGAUCAGCAUGGACGAUGGCUGGCAGCGAUGCAACUGCAGCGUGCGCCAGGACUUGGAUCCCAAAUUGCCCAAGUGCGACGGCAACCUCUGCUUCGGUGGCCACUGCUCUUGGCACGAUGCAGCCGGCGUGCCAGUGGUGCGGAAGGAUCGAUUUCCCAACAUGAAGGAGUUGGUAGAUUAUGGCCACGCCCAUGAGCUGAAGGUUGGCACGUACCUCAAUACCUGCAUUUGUAACGAACAUGGGUCGCCACACUAUUCGGAAGACGUGAAGUGGAUGCAGGACUUGGGAUUUGAUGGGGUGAAGAUCGACAGCUGCGGCAGCUCCAACAAUGUCACCCGCUGGGCGGAGCUAUUCAACCAGACGGGCAAAGCAAUCCGUAUCGAAAAUUGCCACAACUCGUGGCCUGACUUUGAGACGGGGUUCUGUCCUAUGAACUUCUUCCGUACAGGUGGGGACAUCAGUGCUGACAUUAGCUCCAUACUGAACGAGGCUUAUGCCACGGUCGACGCCGCGGACUUGCCAAAGCCUCGGUCAGGGCCAGGCUGCUGGGCGUACCCGGACAUGAGCGAGGUGGGCAACUUCCAGAGCGGGCCGCACCGAGAGGAUCAAGAGCGGACACACUGGGCGCUUUGGUGCAUUGUGUCAUCUCCGCUGAUACUUGGAUUUGACAUGAACGACACGGCUACCAUGGACCGCGUUUGGCCCACCAUCACCAACAGAGAUGCCCUGGCCAUUUCAGAAGCCUGGGUGGGGAAUCCUGGCACUUUGAUUCGCAGCUACCCCUCGCAGCAUAGCGAGCGGCAGCUGGCGCAGGGCCGCUGCGACGGCAGCGGGCAAUCGGUGGGCUUCAGCUUCAGCGGGGCAAAGCGAGGGAAGCUGGUGGCUCCCAAGAUGGCCAAGGGGCAAGAGCCGCUGUGCGUGACGACACAAAGUGCUCCUUGUCCUCCACCCACGACCUAUGCCCCGGAUGUCCGAUGCGGCCUGAUGCUGAGGAACUGCAGCACUGUGAAGAACCAGUGGAUCUUUGCGGACGGAAGGAUCCAGCUGGAUGACCAGUCGCAAGGGAAGUGUUUGUAUUCAAACCGCAUGGACUUUGACACGACCAAAGGGUACUUCACGAGAAAAGCUGCCACAGUGGGACUCACGGCCUGUCCACAUGCGCAAAAUUUCACCGAGCCCGGCUGUGCAUGGCAGGAGGAGGUGAAGCAGCGACGUGCUUCACGGCCCAAGCCACCAGCGGCCUCGGCUAACACGGACUUCGCGCUGACGCCCAAAGGAGAACUGCAAAACGCCCUGGGCUGCUUGCAUGCUGCGCCGGUGGGCGGCAUUCAGCUUUGGGCCAAGCCGCUCAGUGACUCCAGCACGGCCAUUCUGCUGAUCAACCCCUCGGCGGAGAAUGAGGCACUGGCAUGGCCAGUCGCCGACCUGCCGCAGCGCUUCUCAGGCGCAGAGAAAGGAUUUCGGUGUCAGCCAGCACGUUGUGGAGCGCGCGAUGUUUGGGCAGGGCGCAGAUUUGCGGUGUCAGACGAGAUCCACGUGAGCUUAAAGCCUUGGGGCAGCACUUUCUUGAUUCUGCACGCAGAGGAUACCAUUGCUGUGUGA